GACACCCGUCUUCCGGGUCGGGGCCCGCGGCGCAGUCCGGGCCCCUUCCCCCAGCGAGAUGGCAAACUUUGUGAGUGACUUCUCGGCGGCUAACAAGUGUCUGCCUGACAGCGGGGGCCGACGGACGUUAAUUGACACCCUCCUUUCGGUCCUAACCCUGUUUUUUUUUUUUUUUUUACAAAUCUUAUGUUGGUCUGUAUUGUGUUUACAGUUUUACGGUGUGCGAAAAGGUCAGACGGGUAGCUUGGGUCUACGAGACACUUUUUUUUACUUGGUAUAAAGAGCAAAAAAAUGUACGCUUGUACCUAUCCGUAUAUUGGUUGCGCUACUAAAACCUGCGUGUUUAGUGGUAAGAACAGCCCUAAAGGCCUUUCCAGAAUUAGGCUAUAGGGCACACUUUGUCUCUCCAGACUUCGUGAAGCACUUUUUACAGUGCCAGGAAAGAACUACUUGUGUUGGAGACUAGAUAAAGUUAGGAAAUGAAAAAGUUAAAGCCCUUCCCAAGAGCUUGCAUUGAAAACAGCUUUUUUUUUUUUUUUAACAUAAAUUAUGAUCGGUGUAGUUUGCAUAUAGAGUUUUACACAGUUGGGCAUGGAGUUUAAAAAGAGCGUUUCUUACUAAUUUUACAAAGGGCAGUGAUAAAGGCACCACACCACACAGUUUUGAAAUUUCAAGUAUGUUAAAUGUUGCUAUAAAUAAAAUCCUAUUCAGAUUUUUAGAUUUAAGAAAUCUAAAAAUACGUUUGCAGUUGGCCUUUGGGUGCAGGAAGAAGCCCUAGGUUUCUCAGUGCUUGUUUCUGGGCAGAUUUUCAGUAUUGUCAGCGUAAUAUGGGUGUAGAACCUUAACCUGAGUGAAUAAUUUGCUUGAGAUUACCAGUCUGUUUGCAGCUGGGAAUAGACUCUGGGUCUCUUAUUCCCAGUCUGGUGACCUAUCCAAGAAUAGACUAAGGAAACUGGGUAUUUGUCUGUUUGGUGGAAAAUAUGGCCGAGUUGAUUUUAUACUAGUAUUAAAGAGCCAGAAAGGGAACGUGUGAACGUUUAAUCUCUGUAGAUUUCUGUCAUUUCUCCAUUCUUUAAAUACAUAAAGGAUUUGAGGAUAUUCAUGUUGCUUUUUAUGGCAUUUGUAGCAUAUUUACAUUUGAUUAAAACAUAGAUGCUUAUUAUAUUUAACUGGGGGGGAUGUGUUUUUCAAGUGGGUGUUCUCAGUGGUUGAAGAAUAGUUGGUAACUUGAGGAUGUUUAGCCUCAAAAAUGCUAGGGAGAAGAGGAAUUAUGUUAAUUUCAUAUUAAUUUCUGAGAAAAAAUCUUCAGCAGUCUUUAUUGAAAAUGCUUACAAAGGUCCUGAUGGAAUACCUGUGAAUUUUCUCCUCAGCUUUCUGUAUUGCUAUUUUCAUUAUAAUUACUAGCUAUUAUUUGUUUUGUUCAUUCCUAGUCUUUCCUUAUACUUUUCCUCCUGUGUCACAGAAACAGUCUCUCUUCUUCCUGCUUCUCAUCUCCAAAGGACCCUGCAAAUUUUUAAUCUUAAUACAGUUCUCCAUGAGAGAUUGUUUUGGCAAUGUCUGAAGACAUUUUUGGUUGUCAUGCUGGGGGAUUCUGUUGGUAUCUAGUGGGUAGAUACUAAACAUCCCACAAUGCACAUGAUAACCCCCACAACAGAGAGUUAUCCCAGUGCAGUGUCAGUAGUGUUGAUGUUGAGAAGCCCUGAUUUAAUUAUUGUGGAUGAUAUUCUACUUAUAAUUUGUCAUGUAAUUGGUAUCUAUAUCACAUCUGUUACAAAUCUUUUCUUAGAGUUGUCAUUAGAAUGAUCAUGGGUCAGAGGUUAUGAAGUAUAUUUUAGAGCACCAGUUAAUAGGAUUUUGGAGCUGAAAGAUUAACAAGUAUAACUCUGAGUAUGUGUAUAAGGAAACAGUUUCAAAAAGACUGUGACUUACCCAAGGUCCUACGGAUAUGGAGAGCUCAGGCUAGAGGGAGAAACCAACAGCUUGGAAAUUCGACCAAGUGAUCUGGCGGGAUGGGCAUUUUCCUGACCUAUUUUGUAGAGGAAUGGACAUUUCAUUGAUUCAACCAGAGGCAAUUCUGUUGAAUGAGAAGCAUAACUCUCUUUUUCCCCUGGGUUUGGAGCUGUGAAGAUACAAGCUUCUCUUGCCACCACAGGGAAGAUUUGCCCAGGAAUGGACCAAUAUAGAGAAGAACAGCAUCAGGACAUACAAAACCAGGAGUUGGAUGGCAUAAGCAAUUGAGGUGGUACUGAGGGUUUCUCAAGUCUAUGAAAGGUAGAAACUCAACCAUGAUUUCUUUUUCAACUCUACAGCAUUUGCUUCCUUGAAGUCUUCAUUUUUACAUUAGUCUCAGGCAGUUAUACUUAAGCAUGAACAUUGACGACAAACUGGAAGGAUUAUUUCUUAAAUGUGGCGGCAUAGACGAAAUGCAGUCUUCCAGGGCAAUGGUUGUAAUGGGUGGAGUGUCUGGCCAGUCUACCGUGUCUGGGGAACUGCAGGAAUCGGUGCUUCAAGAUCGGAGUAUGCCUCACCAGGAGAUCCUUGGUGCAGAUGAAGUGUUACAAGAAAGUGAAAUGAGACAACAGGAUAUGAUACCACAUGAUGAACUCAUGGUUCAUGAGGAGACAGUGAAAAAUGAUGAAGAGCAGAUGGAAACACAUGAAAGACUUCCUCAAGGACUACAGUAUGCACUUAAUGUCCCUAUAAGUGUAAAGCAGGAAAUUACUUUCACUGAUGUAUCUGAGCAACUGAUGAGAGACAAAAAACAAAUCAGAGAGCCAGUAGACUUACAGAAAAAGAAGAAACGGAAACAACGUUCUCCUGCAAAAAUCCUUACAAUAAAUGAGGAUGGAUCACUUGGUUUGAAAACCCCUAAAUCUCACGUUUGUGAGCACUGCAAUGCUGCCUUUAGAACGAACUAUCACUUACAGAGACAUGUCUUCAUUCAUACAGGUGAAAAACCAUUUCAAUGUAGUCAAUGUGACAUGCGUUUCAUACAGAAGUACCUGCUACAGAGACAUGAGAAGAUUCAUACUGGUGAAAAACCAUUUCGUUGUGAUGAAUGUGGUAUGAGAUUCAUUCAAAAAUAUCAUAUGGAAAGGCAUAAGAGAACUCAUAGUGGAGAAAAACCUUACCAGUGUGAAUACUGUUUACAGUAUUUUUCCAGAACAGAUCGUGUUUUGAAACAUAAACGUAUGUGCCAUGAAAAUCAUGAUAAAAAACUAAACAGAUGUGCCAUCAAAGGUGGCCUUCUGACAUCUGAGGAAGAUUCUGGCUUUUCUACAUCACCAAAAGAUAACUCACUGCCAAAAAAGAAAAGGCAGAAAACUGAGAAAAAAUCAUCUGGGAUGGACAAAGAGAGUUCUUUGGACAAAUCUGACCUGAAGAAAGACAAAAAUGAUUACUUGCCUCUUUACUCUUCAAGUACUAAAGUGAAAGAUGAGUAUAUGGUAGCAGAGUAUGCUGUGGAAAUGCCACAUUCCUCAGUUGGGGGAUCGCAUUUAGAAGAUGCAUCAGGAGAAAUACAUCCACCUAAGUUGGUUCUCAAAAAAAUUAAUAGUAAGAGAAGUCUGAAACAGCCAUUGGAGCAGAAUCAAACAAUUUCACCUUUAUCCACAUACGAAGAGAGCAAAGUUUCAAAAUAUGCUUUUGAACUUGUGGACAAACAAGCUUUACUGGACUCAGAAGGCAAUGCUGAUAUUGACCAGGUUGACAAUUUGCAAGAGGGGCCCAGUAAACCUGUGCACAGUAGCACUAACUAUGAUGAUGCCAUGCAGUUUUUGAAGAAGAAGCGGUAUCUUCAGGCAGCAAGUAACAAUAGUAGGGAGUAUGCGCUGAAUGUGGGCACUAUAGCUUCUCAGCCUUCUGUAACGCAAGCGGCUGUGGCAAGUGUCAUUGAUGAGAGUACCACAGCAUCCAUAUUAGAUUCACAGGCACUGAAUGUGGAGAUAAAGAGUAAUCAUGACAAAAAUGUUAUUCCAGAUGAGGUACUACAGACUCUGUUGGAUCAUUAUUCCCAUAAAGCUAAUGGACAGCAUGAGAUAUCAUUCAGUGUUGCGGACACUGAGGUGACUUCUAGCAUAUCAAUAAAUUCUUCAGAAGUACCUGAGGUUACCCAGUCGGAGAAUGUUGGAUCAAGCUCCCAAGCAUCCUCAUCAGAUAAAGCCAACAUGUUGCAGGAAUACUCAAAGUUUCUGCAGCAGGCUUUGGACAGAACUAGCCAAAAUGAUGCCUAUUUGAAUAGCCCGAGCCUUAACUUUGUGACUGAUAACCAGACCCUUCCAAAUCAGCCAGCAUUCUCUUCCAUAGACAAGCAAGUCUAUGCAGCCAUGCCCAUCAAUAGCUUUCGAUCAGGAAUGAAUUCUCCACUAAGAACAACUCCGGAUAAGUCCCACUUUGGACUCAUAGUUGGUGAUUCACAGCACUCAUUUCCCUUUUCAGGUGAUGAGACAAACCAUGCUUCUGCCACAUCAACACAGGACUUUUUGGAUCAAGUGACUUCUCAGAAGAAAGCUGAGGCUCAGCCUGUCCACCAAGCUUACCAAAUGAGCUCUUUUGAACAACCCUUCCGUGCUCCAUAUCAUGGAUCCAGAGCUGGAAUAGCUACCCAGUUUAGCACUGCCAAUGGACAGGUGAACCUUCGGGGACCAGGGACAAGUGCUGAAUUUCCAGAAUUUCCCUUGGUGAAUGUAAAUGAUAAUAGAGCUGGGAUGACAUCCUCACCUGAUGCUACAACUGGCCAGACUUUUGGCUAAAAAAAAAAAAAGUGUAAAUAAUACUGGCACUUUAGAACAGAUUAAUCAAGAGUGGGGUUACUCUGUGUAAAAUGGAGUGCUGUACAGAUUUAAGAGCAAUGCGUUAUAACAAGUUAAGCUGAUAUGAAUAGCAAGAUAAUCCAAUAACUGCGUUUUGUUUGGUUAGUCAGCAUUCUUUGAACUGCCUUACAUGUUGUCACCUUUACAGAAGCAAUGCAUUACUUGUUUUAGAUCAGAAACUUGCUAUUCCACCUACACCAAGUUUAAAAGGAAAAAAAAAAAAAGACUUUCGCACAAUUGUUUCCUAACUGAUAUCAUUGUACAUUCUUAGGAGAUUAGUAAUUGUGUGAAAUUUACUCAUACUGUUUCUAAGUUUUUCAGCAUAGUCAUGGCACUUCAGCAGGGAAUCUGAGUAUACUUUACAGACAGAGUGAACUUAAAAGUUUAAAUGUCAGAGAUUAUGGCUUAAAUAAAUUAGUGUGUCCUAUGAGGGGAAAAAAGAAACCACCUUUUAAAGAAUGAUAUGCCAUAUACCCUUGAUUUUCAUUUUGCAUUAUAUUGACUUUUUCUUUUUUGAAAAGUAAUAAAAAUCUGAUAGUCUAAGACUCCACUAUUUAAAAGCCUAAUUACUUUAAAAAAUAUGCAUACUUUCAAAACUUUUACCAAAAUACAUAACUGUUGAAGCAUUCACUUCUAUAUGGAAGUAUGCAUAUUGGUGUCAGUUUCUUUGUACAGUUGUACCUAGAUAUUUUUUAUGAUUUUUUCAUGUGCAAGUAUCAAGGUUUUGAAGUUUUAGUAAGAAGAUCCUCUGUAGAUUACAUUCCCAAGAACAUAAUGCUUAUACAAAAUGUAUAUUCCACGUUUUAAAGCUUAAUUGUAUUUUACUUUACAUAUACACUUCAGUUAACAUAGAGCACUUAGAAUCUAUUUGGUAUUUUUGAUUUCUCAAAGUAAAAAAAAAUUUUAGAUUUUUAGGUUUGAUAUGGUUGUGUCAUAAUCAUCUCAUAAUUGAAAAUUUUAAUUUUUGGCAAUAAAAGGAAAUUGGGUAUCUUUGGAACUGUAAAAUCUGGUUUAAUCCUUCUCUUUCUAGAAUCUUGAUAGAUUGGAUAAUUAAACAGUAUCCAGAGAAACUAAAGAAAUGGGCAUUUUAAUUGCUUAUUUUAUCUUGAGUUACUUUUUAAUGAACACUGCUCAUUACAAUUUUACAAACCAAAAGUGUUUACUAAUUCUAGUAACUACAGUUUCUUUUUCAGCUAGAUGAGUGAUCGGAAACCUUUUGUUGCAUUUCAAAAUCUAAAUAAACUACAGACUUUAUCCUUAUACCACGAAUGUUUUUUUUUAAUAUUUUGUCUUAAUACAGCAUGGUACAAUAAAUAGUGCUUUUAUAUAUAUACAUAUUAUAUAUAUAUAUAUAUAUACUUUUCUAAAGAAUGAUGGUUUGAGUUACACAUUGGACAGUUCUAAUUUUUGGAAAAUAACAGUUAUAUUGAUUUUAUUAUCCUCUUUAAUUUGUUCCAACUUUUUGGUUUUUUAUUUUAAGUUUCCACCAUCUUUGUCACAAUGCACACAUACUGAUAGAGCAUCAGUAAUCUAAAAUUAAUAACCCCUUGAAGAUGCAACUUUAUUAUUAAUUUCCAUUUUAGCUUUUAUAUUGGCCUUAUAGAUCUUCAGUCUUUGUUUCAGUAUAGAAUGUUCUACAUUUUAAAUUAUUUUUUCUUUUAUUUAAUGUUAUCCCAAGACUGUUCUCAUAAAGAAAGGGAACAAAGAAAUAUCUAACCUUAACAUCUUUUACAUUUAUUUUGAAUAUAUGGUAUUUUAUGAUAAGGAAUAUAAAUUAUGUUUAAUGUGGUUUCCUCUAUACUUUGGUUAUUAAACUUUGCUUGAAACUUUCCCAUUUGACAGCUUUCUUUGCUGCCAAAUUUUUCAAGAAUUUUAGACUUCUUUGAAGUAUAUAUUUAAGUUUUGCCAUUAUUGACUCUUAAGAAUGGUGUGUCUUGCGUUGCACAUCACAACCUCAAGAAGUCAUCAUUCAGGCGAGAUGUUAACAAUGAAACUGUGCUCUCUGUAGGAAUAGGCAUUUGUGCUUUUCUCAUACUACUUAUUGGGUGAUAAUAGGUAUUGAUGUCCUGAGUUGUUUUUUUGUUUUGAGCCUGAUCAGAAUUUCUGUUCUGUUGAGAACUUGGUACAGAAUAAAGUGGGGGUUUUGGUUUAUGUUAACAUCACCAGCACAGUUUUUAGAAUGUGGCUCUACUGCUGAGCAGUAAGCCUUUGAAAAGUGGCAGUCAAUGCAAGUAGAAAGAAGUUCAGGUGUUGCAUUUCUGUGUUCGCCUCAUUUCUUUACAUCUACAUAAUGGCAGACUUUUCUACCACAUUUGAAGCAUAUUUUGAGGUAAAUGAUACUUUGGCAUAAUUUACUGACUUACCACUUAAAGUAUAGUCAUUACUCUCUUUACUGUGAAAUUUUACAUGCCUACCAGAGUUACCGUGUAUUAAUAUUAUCAUCAUAUGAUAAACAUCUCAACAGUUGGGUUUCCCCAUUUUGCUUCAGAAAGUUACUUAAUUUCUAUCUGGGCAUUAAUAGAGAAAGCAAGUAGCCUUUUGUGCUGCCUUUAAAUCAGAAUAUUGAGGAUAUCCUUUUGCAAUUUGGGUUUUGUUUUGUUUUUUCAUUUCUUUUGGUGAGCAAAUUGUUCUAUGAAAACAUGCUCUUACAUCCUUAAACUUGGCAAAAUGUGAGCCGAGGUGUGCUUUCUUAGGACCUGUUCUCACAUUUGAAGAUUGGAAACAGAUCACAUUAGAUGAAGUAAUAUCUCUUGAACAUCUUCUAAAAGCGCGUUUGUUUUUUAACUUACUGUAUACAUAUUUCAUUUAGUUCAGAAUAUUUGAAGUGGCUCUUAAAUUUGGAUCUGCUUGCAGAUUUUCUAGUUGAUACCGCAGAAAUCCAUCCUCUUAGCUCUGGCUGAGUGAGGACUGCCAGUGGUCGGGUAAUUUUCUCGUUCUGAGAGGCAAAAGAGGCCUUGUGCUCAGGGUAGGCUUUCAUUUCCACAGGCCAGAGAAGCUUGCAAAGUGCCAGCUAGGUUAGAUCUUUUGCCACUUCUUUCAUUUUAUUAAUUUGGGUUUUUAAAGGGCUGUUUAAAAAAAAAAAAAGCCGGGAAACUUAAAAGUAGGCAUUACUGUAAAACUACAUUUCUUAGACAUUUUAAACUAGAACUCGUUUUUUCACAGUAUAUUUACUUGAAGCACUAUUAUAAUCGAUGAGAAACUUUUUGACUCUGCAAUUUAAUUUAAACUUUUUCCGUUUCAAAUUGCUUUAUUUCAGGGAAAUAAUUUUCCAGUUUUUGCUAUAUUCUGCAAAUAAAAAACAGAUGUUUCCUCUUUCACUUAAACUUUAGUAGGAAACAAAACUACAGCAGACAAACAUUUCUUAUUGUGUUUGUUGCUUUCUUUAAUCCAAUGGAUAAAAAAGUAAAACCCUGUAAACAUUAUUUUAUUUUUUUAUGCAAUACCAUGCUGUAAAUAUGGUUCAUCAAAUAAGGAUGUACCUAUGAUUGAAUCUUUAAUUCUGCACAGUUAGAGUUUAUAUAUAAACGUGUCUUGACAAUCAAGGACUUUUAUGUGAGUCUUCCUUUAUGAUGUUUUAUUAAUGUUAUGCAUUCCAUUUGUUUUGAAGUGAGUACCAAUGUGCUAAUUUGUAUUGUCUGAAAGUAUGUAAUGUUUUUACAGCUUGUUUUUAAGAAUCUGUAAAUAUGUACAAACAAAUCACAGUACUGCUUUAUGUUAGAAGGCAUAUGAUGUUGUACUGUAUGUAAGCAAUAAUACAUAGCAGUGCUAACUUUACAAGUAGCUUCAGGAAAGUUCUAAAAACAUUUCAGAGUUAUUAUCUUUAUUUCAUUUAAUAAUGAUUAUCUUUAAUCAGUUUUUAUAAGCAAAUUCCAUUGUUCCUCCUUUUGGAACGUAACACUGUUUACACAGCAUAAUUGAAGUUGCAGGGGAGACAGGCUAAAUCUGACUUCAUCUGUACUCACUCUCACUAAGCAUUGAAUGGCCUUACCACUCUUCUGCACGAUGGAGGAAGACUGCAGAACUCAGUGCCCAUCACACUGAAGGAAGGGGCUGUGGGUUUUUUUCCUGCUUCUGUACUGCUACCUAACUUUGUGGUUUGCUUUGGAUUUUAAUAUUUGUUUCUGUUUUAGAUUCAAGCCCAUAAGUUUUGAGGUGAUUUCAGCUCCAUUGUGAAAUAGUUCUCUUCAUAUUUCAUAGCUACAUUUCAACAAUUCUGAACUUUCUACUUUGAUUUUUAGAUACUUAUUUUUCAACCUUGGUUUCUCAGCUGAUCAGAUGAAUUUAUUCAACUUAAUACAAAGAAAGACAAACCUAUUGUAGUUUGAAUUGAGUAGAUAUUAUACUGUACAGAACAGCUAACUAUUUGAACACACACACAUCACUGCUUUAGAAAUAAACUCGCCAAUUUAUAAAUGUAUAUGACCUACAUUUUAUAGGAAAAUGUUUUUAAAUGCUAGUCAUUUAUAUAAUGUGCUUUGAAGGAUUUGCUAGUCCACUUCUGUCACUUUUUAGUACACUGGUAUCUUUUAUAUGUAAUGUAUGCUUUUUAUUAUUGUAGCAAAGCAUUUCAGUAGAAAGAAUUUUGCAACAAUAUGGGGGAAAUUUUUCAUUGUUGGAUUUGAAUUAUACUGGAUUUUAUCUGUGUAGUCUUACUUGUCUUUAUUUUAAUGCUGUCUGGAAGGGAACUUGGUAUCCAAAUAAAGCAGGUAACCUCAUUUUACUUCAAGGGCAUACUGUGUAGUGCUGAAUUUAAUCUGGAAAUCUGAUGACUUUGAAAAGAAAAACAAGUUUAUAAAAAUUGUACAGAAGAAAUUAAAUGUGUAAUGGAAAUCCUGAUGGUGGAGCACGUUGAAUUUUCUGAUAUAUAGUGUUAUUUUCCUGGGAUCCCCUAUGCCUUCUUUGUAUUUCGACUAAUAAAGGAAAAACCUUAUCAUUGAAACUGCUAGGAUAAUAGGAUAUUCUGAUUAUACAGUAUUACUUUUCCUAUCCCAUUUUCUGACCCUUUCUCAAUCACUGUAAAUUUUAUUUUCUAUUUCCUCUUGAUAAUUAAACAUGUACAUAAUAUAGA